CGCAUUCACAUAAUUGUGCUAAACUAGUGACUUUAAGUGAAUGUGUUUUGGCCCCACUUUCUUUUCAUUCGAAUUUAAGAUAAAUUCCUCCCGGUUGAUAAACUCCAGAGAUUGUAACUAUGGAAAGGCAGGGGUCAGUUUUCAUAGACAGAAGUUAUGCACUUUCAGAUUUAUGCCCCCAAACUGGCUAAAAAUGUGACCCAAACACACUCCUGGGCUUAAUGUCUAGAUUUGGAGCUGAUUUUAUUUUUAUUUAUUUUUUAAAAAAAUACUGGGGGUGUAUAAAAUGGUAAACAGAUGUUUUGAAGAGGCUUGGUUGUGUUUUCAGUGACUUUUUGCCCAUGUUUAAAAUAUUGCUCUUGGGUAAACUUGGGGAGCUGCCUAUUUCCCAUGCUAUACUAGGCAGUCAUCUAGUGGAGAUUUGCAUCUCUGGUUUACAGUCAGCCCUUCAUAUGCAUGGGUUAUUUUUUAAUCCAUAGAGUCAAGCAUCCAGGGCUUGCAAAUAUUCCAAAAGAGUAUAAGUUCUAAAUAGCAAACUUUGAUUUUGCCAUUUUAUGUAUGGGACACCAUUUUGCAAGGCCAUUGUAUUUAAUGGGAUUUGAGCAUCCACAGAUUCUGGUAUCCGCAGGGGUCCUGGAACCAAGGCCCACCAUACUGUACUUGUUUCUCCAAUAAUGGCCGAGUAGGUGGAAUAGUUUUUUAAAGCUUUAUUGCAGUUAAAGAAAACAGCACUGGUUUUCAGCUUCAUGUGCGUUUGGUGUGUGUGUGUGUUUAAUGUUACCUGCAGUGCUGCUGGCAGCAAUUGUUCUGCACCGUUCCAUAAUUCCUUUAUGGAAUGGGCAUUGGCAAGACUUUAGAAAGGUUCCCCCCUUCUAACCAUCAUGUUCCCAUUUUCAAAGCACAAUACAUGGUGAUUCUCUCCUUGUAUAUGCCCUGCCUUCUCCCCAUUCGGGUUGCAGACCCCUGUGCAAUGGAAGAUUUCCCCCUCCUCCAGCUUCAUUUAAAUCCUUUAGCAGGGGGCUUCCGGCUUACAGAAUUAGUUGUUCUUGGGAGAAAGAAAUGAAGAUAGGAGAAGCCAAAAGGGAGGAUGUUUGGAGCAAACAUGGCCAAGGGUCCGUGGGUCCCAAGGUGUUAGCUGCUUCCCCCCAGAGCACCACCACAACAACUGAGGUUUUGGUGGACCCUGUGUCUUAAGAACAUUUCUAUGCGGGAAGUAUUAUUGUCAUGGACGGAAACCAGGCAGGCUCUCAUACUGUACAGUACUACUGUCUUAGGAGGAAGAUGUUGGUGAAAUGGAAAAUUAACUAAGUCAUUUCAAAAUCCAAACAGUGAGUUGCUCUUCUCUCCCACGGCUGUCUUGUGCUUGGUUUAAUCUGAUUUGAGGGACACACUAGCUCUGGUCUGAAAUUCUUUCAUGCUACUACUAUGAUCAUUUGGUUCUUGGAAUACUGCAUCUCCAUGCUGUGGGAUCCCGGGAUUUGUAGUUUCACAAGGCGUUUAGCUUUCUCUGCCAAAGUAUGCUAUGCUGGUGCCUCACAAAAGUACAAAUCCAAGGGACCAGGGCAGUGAAAGUGGUAUCAAACUGCACCAUUUCUACAGUGUAGAUGCACCCCUUGGGGCUAGGAAUUAUGCAGGUCUUUGCAUAGUGAUUUGAGUGUUGGGAAUCUGGAGCCCAGGGUUUGCGUCUCAGUUUGGCCAUGGAACUCCCUGGAUGCCAGGGUUUAUUAAAGGCAAUGGCAGGCCUCCUCUGAACAGGUCUUGCCAAGAAAACCCCCAAACUGGGUGGACUCAGGGUUACUAUAAGUCAGAAGACACACAACAAAAACAAAGUAUGGCUUAGCGUGCUGGGUUCGCAAAGAAAGAGGAGUCUUUCUGUCAAGGGCAGAUCAUACAGGCUACCUUUGCCUUGGCAUCACUGUAAGUCAGAAACGACACUUUUAACUACGGCUGCUGGGAUUUGUAGUUUCGUGAGGCACCAGCACUCUUCUCCAGAGAGGGCUGGAGACCUUGUAAAACUCAAACUACAAAUCCCAGGGCUUGUAUAGGAUGGAGUUACAGCACUUAAGAGAGGCGCCGGGCUGCAUUACUUCCACAGUAGCAGUUAUUGUGUGCCUCCGAGGCUUAUGGCGACCCUAAAGCAAACUUAUCAUGGGAGUUCUUGGAAAGAUUUGCUCAAAGGGGGGGGGAGGCCUGUAAGGGGAAAAAAACCCAGACCGGAAGUGUCAUAGAGACUCCAACUUCCGGUUUGGUUCCGGAAGCGACCUCUCUAUAACCUGAGAACUCUAUGGUUGGGGAGCGAGAAAGAGAGCGAGUGGGAGAGGAAAAGGAGGACUUCCGGUUCCGCCACGUGGUUUCGACCUCUCGCGAGACGAGAGGCGAUGGAACAGGAGGAGGCGGCGUCCUGGGAGGAAGAGGCGCAGCCGCCGCCGGGCGCCUUUGCCAGAGGAGGAGCAGGAGGAAGUGGUGUCAUGGCGGCGGCGUCGGGUGCGGGGAGCGCGAGCGGCGCCGCCGUUGGGGCUGGCGCGGGCUCGGCGUCUCGUGGCGGCGGCGGCGGCGGCGUUGGCAUCGUGGCGUCGCGCUGGUUCUUCACCCGGGAGCAGCUGGAGAACACUCCCUCGCGGCGCUGCGGCGUCGAGGGCGACAAGGAGCUUUCGUACCGGCAGCAGGCGGCCAACCUCAUCCAGGACAUGGGCCAGCGCCUCAACGUAUCUCAACUUACAAUUAAUACUGCAAUUGUUUACAUGCACAGGUUUUAUAUGCAUCAUUCAUUCACAAAAUUUAAUAGAAAUGUUAUAUCUCCUACUGCAUUAUUUUUGGCUGCAAAAGUGGAAGAGCAGCCACGAAAGCUUGAACAUGUUAUCAAAGUAGCACAUGCCUGCCUUCAUCAUCAAGAACCACUGCUGGACACAAAGAGUGAUGCAUACCUUCAACAGGCCCAAGAGCUGGUUAUAUUUGAAACAAUAAUGCUUCAAACUUUAGGGUUUGAGAUUACCAUUGAGCAUCCACACACAGAUGUUGUGAAAUGUACGCAGUUAGUAAGAGCAAGCAAGGAUUUGGCACAGACAUCAUAUUUCAUGGCUACCAACAGUCUGCAUCUUACUACAUUUUGUCUUCAGUACAAGCCGACUGUGAUAGCAUGUGUAUGUAUACAUUUAGCUUGCAAGUGGUCCAACUGGGAGAUCCCUGUAUCAACUGAUGGAAAACAUUGGUGGGAAUAUGUAGAUCCUUCUGUUACCUUGGAGUUGCUUGAUGAGCUAACACAUGAAUUUCUUCAGAUAUUGGAGAAAACUCCUAGCAGGCUAAAGAGGAUUCGAAAUUGGAGGGCUACUCAGGCUGCUAAGAAACCUAAAGGAGAUGGUCAGACAUCUGAAAAUUCUCUUCUUGGCUCAUCUUUGGUUCAGAAUUCCAUGUUGGUAGAUGCUGUUGCUGGUGUUUCUGCAAGUGCGAGUUUUCAAAAACAGUCAACAUCUACAUUUCCUGCCCCAGUUCCUCUGAACUCAGGAAGUGUUUCUGUUCAGGACAGUCAAGAAAAUUUAGCAAUACUAGCAGCAGGAAUGCCAAGUACCUCAUAUACUUUAUCCACACACCAAGAAUGGCCUCAGCACCAAGAACAACCAAGGACAGAACAGAUGUAUGCCCAGAAACAGGAGGCGUCGCUGCCCGGCAGUCAAUUCAGCAUAAAUUUCCAGCCAGGAACAUCAUUGCAGUUACAUUCGGGGUUACAUCACAGAGCUGAAAAACUCUCUGAGCAUUCUACUUCACACAAACCAGGAAACAAACACCAUGGGCAUAUUGCCCCUGCCCCUGUAAUAAUGCCUCAGAAAAUGACACUGGAUAAAUACAGAGAGAAAAGGAAACUAGAAACACUUGAACUGGAUGUAAGAGAACACUAUAUGGGAACAGAACAGCCAUUCAAAAAGCACCAGACCCAAGCAACAUGUAGUGGUUCUGUAACAUCCCCUAUUAAAAUGAAAAUUCCCAUUGCAAAUGCAGAAAGGCCUGAAAAACACAUGCCUGACAAAAAGGAGAAGAGUGGGUCGCUAAAACUGCGGAUACCCAUUCCGCCCACAGAAAAGAACUCAAGUAAGGAAGAUCUGAAAAUGAAGAUCAAGGUCUCUUCCUCAGAGAGACACAGCUCAUCAGAUGAGGGAAGUGGGAAAAGCAAGCACUCGAGUCCCCUUGUUAGCAAGGAAAAGCACAAGGAACAUUCCACAAACCGCCAUCAUGGCACCAGUCAUAAGCAUUCCCAUUCUCAUACUGGUGGCAGUAGUAGUGGCAGCAGUAAACAUAGUAGUGAUGGAUUAACACCAGCUGUUCUCAGGAGUCCUGUUGGCUUGAGCAGUGAUGGCAAUUCCUCUAGUUCCGGCUCUUCAAGAAAGAAGCUAUACAGCAAUGAUGCUUCUCACAACCAUCACUCCAAAAUGAGCAAAAGUUCCAAAACUUCAGGUAGUUCAUCUAGUUCUUCCUCUGUUAAGCAGUAUGUAUCCUCUCUCAACUCUGUUUUUAACCUUCCCUUACCCCCUCCUCCCCCUGUCGCAUACCAGGUGGGCUACGGACAUCUCAGCACCCUCGUGAAACUGGACAAGAACCCAGUGGAGAACGGUCCUGAUGCCAGUCACGAGUACAGUUCAAACAGCCAGCAUAUGGACUACAAAGACACAUUCGACAUGCUGGAUUCACUGUUAAGUGCCCAAGGAAUGAAUAUGUAAUCAGUUGUUGAGGUCCCUUUCUUCUUCUUUUUUUUAUUUAAGAAUAUUAGAAUGGAGACCUUUGUAAUAUAAGAAGAGCAACCCCAGCAGUUGCUGCCCCACUUUAUAUAGAUAAAUAUAGAUAUAUAAUAUAUGUAAGUGCUGCUUUAUCCUUCACUCUGAAAAGAAGAGAUAUAGUAAAUGAGCCUAUCUGUCUCCACAUAUGAUAGUGUUAUAAAUACUGUAAUGACAUGGAAGGUGCAAAAAUCACAGUAUUUCCACAACCACAGUUAAGAACAGUAGAUUGAAUGGCUGCUUCUAGCUGUAUUGAAUGCCUGAUGCAUUGACUAUUUAUAACUGAAUAUGCCAGCCACAAUUUUUGUUGCGUAGUUUAUGAAUGAGUGUAAUUUCUUUGUGUAUUUAUACUGUAUGUAUGAUUUGCAUGUUUCAAAGAAGGGAUAUGUAAAGUAUGCUGACAAUGUUUACAACAAAAAGUGGAGAGAAAUGUACAUACAUUUUUGUAUGUUUAGAUAUACCAUAAAUACUCAGGAUUGGAGCUGCUUGUAAGUAUAACCAAUAUAUACCUAAUUUUCCCCAUGAGUCAGAAUCCCAUCAGUAAUCAAAAGUGGCACUUCAUGUUAAAUUAUAGGCCUUUUGGGGAGCCACUUCUGAGAGCAGUUCACUGACUGAAGAUUGUGCAACAGCUGGAAGGCUAGUCGGCCAUGACACAUACUUCCAGCAAGGCAAUGGGAAAACUGCUCAGGCCUCCAUUAGUUUAUGUUUUGGUUCUUUUAUUAUUAUUUUUACAAAAACCCAGUUGACUGCUGAAAUAUCAGUAGUUUUCACAAAGGGGAAUGAAAAUAAAUCAAUAUAAUCUUUUUGAUGUGAAAGUGCAUUUAAAUGUUUGGCUUGAUGCAGUAAUAGAGACACAGAACUGUUAAUAAUGGUUAUAUAGAUUAACAUGAUUUAAGAACUGAAAUGCGUAAACUUAUAUAGUGAAAUUAGUAAGGGUUUUUUUAAACUUAAGUUAUUAGUGAACAGGGAUCACUGUUUUCCAUUAGCAUUUCAUACAGACUGCCACGUUUUGAAUCCCCCUCCAAAAAUGUGUGUUGUGAGUGAAAUGCCUAAAAAUUUCUUUUACAGGUGGAAUACUAUCUUUGCAAUAAAUGAGUACAACUGUUGAUACCCCAAUUUCUCCCUUAUCUCAGACAAUAAAAUAAUUGUCACGUAUGCUACGUGAAUUGUACUUGUGCUUGUAGUAACAAACUGGAGGCUGUUUUUCCGGAUCUGAAUAAUCACUCUCCGAUUAAACCACUAGUAUACAUUUUUAUGGCUGUGUCAUAUUACUGUUUUCAGUCACCUGCCUUUUUUGAACAAAUGACUGUUGUGAAUAUUGAUGGGUUUUUGUUAAAAGCCAAUGUUUCAUUUUUAACAGCUGUGACCCUAAGUGCAUGGAAAUUAUCUCGAUAUACACUCAGUACAGUAGCUAGAGUUACUUACUGGGAAUCUAAUGUUAAAAAAUAAGUUAUCCUCAUGUCUUGAGGGGAAAUCCAUUAUUUGGUACCAACUGUCCUUGCAUAUUUUAUGCUCUAAUUGGUUCUAAAUAUUUCAGAUGUGAAUCUGAAGUUUUAAGCCCUUUAGCUACACUUAAAGUGCUUUAGAUAACUGUUGACCAUGUAUCCAGUUUGUAGUUACAAUUUAAUGUAACUACUGAAUGCAUCAAUUACUAUGUAAUAUUUAGUUACCAGUAAUACAAAAGAUUGUACUACAUACUUGAAUAAGUUUAUUUGAACUAUGGGUGUCUUUUUUUAACACUUGAACGUGGACACUAUGAAUAAUGUAUCUUCUUCAUAUUUUAAUUAGUCCUUAGCCCUUCAGUCUGAUUCAUCCAAAACUGUUACUGCUUCACCCUUGUAAUUUUCUACAUUGAAAGAAUAUUUCUUAAACCCUGUAUUGUGAAACUCGAUCCUGCAUUGUUGCAUUUUUAGCCUUUUUUAGACUCUCUUCUCUACCUCAUCCAUGCUAUGAAAUCCUGAAGAGCUUUUGCCAUGUAGUGUAAGCAAGAUUAAAAUGUCUUAUAUUGUGAUUCCCAGUAGGAAAGAAGAUAAACCAGUAAAUGUUUACGUUAAAUAAAAUUUAUUUACAAAGCCUCAUAGUAUUUGCUUACAGCCUGUAGACUUGCUUUGGAAUUCAUUUACCCAUUCUUUGAAGAUAAAACAGACACAAGGUCUAAAACAGAUAUAGAACCUAAUACUGUAAUAAGGCUGCCCUUGCGUUUACUCUUGCAAUAUAAAAACAAGUUUGAUUAGAUUCUGUCUGAUAACCUCACAUUCAACAGAUGACCGUAAGACUGGCUUCAAGUCUGACUUAACUCCUGUGCUAUGAGUGUGCAAGAUGUUUCUGAUUUAAUUAUCAUUUUCAUACAGUGCAUCCACACUUCAGUGAUAAUCUGAUUUGACACCACUUUAACUGCCAUGCCUCAGUGCUAUGGAACUCUAGGCAUUGUAAAGCUCUGGUGCCACAACAAACUACAGUUCCCAGAAACCCAUAGCAUUGAGCCAGGACAGUAAGAUUGGUGUCAAAUCGGAUUAUUUCUGCAUUGGGUGGAGCCCUGAUUGCAUGUUUAUAGGCAAUGCCAUGUUGAAAAGAUAUGUGUAAUUGAGCAGCCAAAUUUAUUUUCUGCAGUACUCUAAAAUGUUAAUCAAAUGUUGGAUUAAAUUAAGAUAGUUGGAACUAACUAAAUUUCCAAGUUCCUGCAUGCCUGCCAAGGCAUUCAGUUAUGCUGUUGAACAAGGCACUUGAAGGAUGCUGUGUCCAGCCCCUGACACUGUUGAGCUGUGGUGUGAAGAGGAAGAGCAGCAGAGACUACUACAGGGCCCUCUCACAACCGCUUGUUGUAGAAUGGGGCUGGAGGCUGCUGCCUUAAGCACCUUGUUCACCUGCAGCGCAGAAAGAACAUUUUUGGCUAGUACAGCUGCCUGGCUUUUAAGGUGGGUUUGGGGACAUCAGUUAUAGUAAUAAUACCAUGAUCAUAAAUGUGAAUAGCACCAUUUACGGGGUCAUAUAUACCAAAUAGGAUGUGUUGAAUGUGGGUGAAAUGGCUCUUUUCAUUUAUGAAAGUGACUCUGAUCCUAGUGGUGAGGACAGAUUAUUUUAGGUAGUUUCCCCUUGCACCUCCAGUGCCAUGGCCCACACCUGAUUUGAGCAAUUUUUUGUGUUAAAUUGCAGAUCAGCAAAUAACUGGCAGGAGUAUCUACUUAAUAGAAUUCUACAUCAAAUUCUUGUUUCUGCUUCGUAACUUAGUCUGCAACCUGUCAUAAAAAUACCAUGGCCAGAUUUCUACCCCCUGUAAAAAUCACAUGGUUUAAAAAUUAGGUGUCAACUUGUAUCAAAUCUGAUGUUGCUCUGGCAUUGGAGCAUGUUACAAGUCCUCCCCCCUCUUGCUGUAGUCCUGAAUGUUGUCUGAAAAUAUUUCAGACUUCCAGAGCAAGUUUUUGGUAUGCACAACAGCAUGUCUUUCCAGUUCUACUGAUGAAAGCAGUUAUAUCAGCAGAUGUCCCCCUAGGAUUCUGGCCUAAACCAGAAAUAUUUAAAGAUCACUGCUGCUAAGGAAAUGGUGAAUAAUCUGGAGAAAAUAUUCCAUGACAAUAUUGAAAAGAUCUAAAGUAGCGAAGAUUCAAAUACCUUCAUGCCUAAUAGAUACACUGAGUGGUGCAUAAGUAUUCCAUGGUAAUGCAACAUACUGACAUCCAGUCUUUUUAGUAGUUUGUAAUUUGAAAUAGCUUGAUAUGUAUUUGGGGAUAUGUAUAUCCUGCUUCAAAUGAUAUAUUAGGCUUGCUAAAAUAGCAGUAUUUUUGGCUGUAGUAGAUUUUUUUGAGUAGUUGAAUCCCCAAAGUGUUAUAUAAAAAACUUUUAGAUCAAGAUACAUCUAUGUAUUUGAAUAGACAGCCAUGAAGGGCUUGGUUUUGUUAGACUUUCCUACAGCUCCUGCUGCUUUCAGCUGUUAAUACAGAAUUCCACAUUUUGUUCAUAAACAUGUUCAAAUUAUGUCUUUUACUAUUAAAAAAAACCCUGGUAGUUAAAGAAUGAAUAUUCUGUUCUAAGUGUGAACUGAAUGAAGCUUAUUUCAUAUAAUGAUAGAGUGAGAAGAAAAGACUGAGAUUGUGGAAGUAUAAGGAAAUUUAAAAGUAAAAGGAAAGUUCUGCUGUGAACACAUUCAGAUGUGGAGUAAUGUGAAAUUACAUAGAUCCAUUAAGGUACCAUUCUGUGUACAUAGUAAGACACUUCACCAUUGUGAACAGCCAUUAAUAAAGUUUCCCUUUUGCUAUAGCUUGCUGGUAAGGGCUACCAUAUUGACCAUUGAAGGCAAUCAGAUAUGCAUUUGGGUUCUGGCAAUCUCCAUGUUUAUGCAUCUGCUUUAAGCCUUAGUAGAUUUUUGUAUGUAUGAUUUACAUUUUACAAAAAAUCGAAGUUGACCAUCAGUAUGAUUUUAUGUACCAUAUACAGUGGUGAGAAAAGGUUUGUGAAUCUCCUAAGGUUUUCACUUAUUUCUAAAUGAAACAGAUUACCUGAUUAAAGGAAUGACACAAAAA